AACUACGCACAACGGACUGAAGCGCCCUCCAUGGGCUGCACUGCAGUAUAAGCGCCUUUCUCCUCCAUUCCCCAUAUUUGGCUUCCCAAGGCUUGCGCGAGCGGUAAAGCUGCAGCUAUUCUUCCCACUUCUCGCCCGCUUCAUCCUCCCCCAUAAUUUCUUUGUUAACUAGUUUAAAUCGUUUUGGGGGGAUUGCGCGUACUGAUCUGCAGUGAGGAGCGUCACGUGCUGUCACCGUUACCACCACCGUCGCCGUCGCCGUUGCCGUUGCCAUGGGUCAGGGCGUUUCGCGAGAGGAGUUGGUGUAUCAGGCGACGCAGAAAGCGGAUGUUAGCGGAAUAAAGCGUCUCCGACAGGACGGCGCGGGACUGGAGUGGCAAGACAGUCACGGUCGCACGUCGCUAAUCAUCGCAUGCAGUCGUGCGGACAUGCUUCCGGUCGCACGCCUGCUGCUGCAGCUCGGUGCUGACGUCAACGCUUACGUGCGAGGAGCGCAAGGCGGAACAGCCAUCCACCAGGCAGCGCGGAAGGGCCUGGAUCAGACGGUGCAGCUGCUGCUGGACUAUGGAGCGGACCCCCUGCGUCCCAACGACAUCGGCAGGCGCGCGCUGGACAUAGCGUGGGAGCAGCACCGCCCCACCAUGGCGCGGAUCAUCGAGGACCGCGUGGCUCUCUUCAUAGGCUAUGUGCGGCAGCAGCAGCUGUCAGGUCCAGCCUUCCUGCAGGCACUCGUGCCCCAGUGGGUCACCAAGAAAGUGUGGGUGGCUGUGGUGCCGGGGUCACAAGCCAAUGCUGCACGGCAACGACUCAACAUCUAUGCCUCGCCCUCGGCGCCCACGGCAACGGAGGUGCUGCUGCACCACUGCCGCGUGUACCUCACCAAGCAGGACACCAACGACCCUAUGUUGGUCGUAGAGGACAUGCAGCGAGCUGAGAAGUACAAGUUUACAGCGGACAGGGAGUCCAGAGAGCCGGGGCAGAUCCAGAAGCUGUACAACGCAUGCCAGGGCAUUCCUCAGCGUCAGCUGCGCUUGCCGGUUUCCUCCCAGCGCCAGCAGCAGCAGCCAUCAAGUCAACAAGACAUCAGUCGUCAGUCCGCUGGAGGCUCUGUGUCUUCAUCCUCCUCCACGUCCCCCACUUCCGCUGCUGCUGGUAGUGGUCGUGGUGCGGGUGCUGCUUCAGACAUGGGUGGCUGGGCCGCCCCUCCUCCGUCCACAGCAUAUGCUGGCUGGGAUUCUGGCCCUUCCACUUCGGAUCACCCGCAUCCCUUCUCUCCCGCUGCUGCUGCUGCUGCUGCUGCUGCCGCAGCCUCUGCCUCUGCCGCUGCUACAGCUGCUGCUUCCACUGGGGGCGUUUCUGCUGCUGGUGCUGGUGUGCCGCCUAGUGCUCGUGGUGGUGAUCGGUCCAUGGGAAGGACUGGUGGUGGUGCUGCUGCUGGGGCUGUUGGGGCUGGUGCUGCUGGUGGGGCUUCUGAUUGGGGACCAUCCAGCAGCAACGCGGAUAGCUACGGUGGCUGGGGCCCUGCUGCUUCUCCCGCUCCUGCUGCUGCAGCGUCACCAGCACCAACUCGCUCCCCCCCUCCCGCUGCAUCAGCACCAGUCACACCAGCACCAGCACCAGCAGUGGCAGCAGCAGCAGCAGCAGCACCGGUUUCAGUGCAGGAAGGGUGGUACCAGCCCCCACCUGUUGCCACUGCUGCUGCUUCUGCUCCUAUCCCCAUGCCUGCUGCUCGUGCGGCUGCUGCAGACGUUGCUCCCUCUGCUCCUCCUCUCUCGCCCCCUCUUGCCGGCUCGGCUCUCUCGUACCCGACUAUCGACACCACCCCGAUCACAGUAGACUACAGUGCGCCAGCAACAGCGGCAGCAGCAGCAGCAGGAGUACCAGCAGGAUCGCCUAAUGUUGAGCUGCACCCGUCGUACGACCCCGAGCGCGUGCAAGCUGAGUUGAAGCGCGCAGAGAGCAACGUUGGGACGGGCGGGGGGCAGUGUGUGAUCUGCUGGGAUGCGCGGGCGGAGGCGGUGUGUGUGCCGUGCGGCCAUGUGGCAGGGUGCAUGGAGUGCUUGGGCGAGGUGAAGGGCAAGGGGUGGGGCUGCCCCGUGUGCCGCGCGAAUAUUCAGCAAGUGGUGAAGCUGUUUCAUGUGUGAGUAAGUUUUGGAGCGAGGUUAUCGUUUGGAGCAGGUUACUGGGCAUGUGUGUCUCUUCUGUUUACCUCCCAGCAUGCAUUAGUAGAGCUUUGGGAGGAGUGUUUUGGUAGCUGGUUUUCUUGUUGGUCGGUUUUGUCACUGGGUGACUGAGGAUUGUUGAGACGAAGGACACCACUUUCUUCCUGGUAGAUUCAUCUUGUGUUGCAUAGAGAAAGGUAUUGAGUGUAAUAUUCUGCAAACACAUAAGUAGACGCGGUGAAUGUUUAGUGCG